AUGGCGAAGAUGCUCCCAGCACAGGAGGCGGCAAAAAUCUACCACACUAACUAUGUGAGGAAUGCGCGGGCCAUGGGGAUCUUAUGGGCACUCUUCACCCUUUGUUUUGCUGUGAUCAUGAUGGUGACUUUCAUUCAGCCCUAUUGGAUUGGAGACAGCAUUGAUACACCACAAGCCGGCUACUUUGGCCUCUAUUCCUAUUGCAUUGGCAAUGCCCUUACAGGAGAGCUCAUCUGCAAGGGCAGUCCUCUGGACUUUGGCACCAUCCCCUCAAGUGCCUUCAAAACAGCCAUGUUUUUUGUGGGCAUCUCCACAUUCCUGAUAAUUGGCUGCAUCCUCUGCUUCAGCAUGUUCUUCUUCUGUAAUGCAGCCACUGUCUACAAGGUGUGUGCUUGGAUGCAGCUGGCAGCUGCUACAGGUCUGGCAAUAGGUUGCCUGCUUUACCCAGAUGGCUGGGACUCCCCAGAGGUGAAACGCAACCGGCAAGACAAUCUCCUUCCAUCUGAUUUCCAAGUAGAUAACAAAGGUAAUAAAUCCUCAUUUGUUAAUGAAACCUUCCUUUCUCUGCACUGUCCUAUAGUGACUAAAGCCAAAUGCUUGGUUAUACCCACUCAAGGAGGACAGCCCUCCACAGGCCCUGGUAUCAGAAUAUUAGGCAUAUACUGA